AUGCCCAUUCCGCGCAUUUAUGCAUAUUCUUCGGAUCCACUCAAUCCAGUAGGUGCUGAGUACAUCAUUGAAGAGAGGCAGAAGGAAAACCACUGGGGACUCGUCGAGAUCGAAACAAAGCUAACCUCGAUAUCCUUUUGGAAACAUGGCUGCAUCUACUACAGGAAGGAUUUGGAAGAGAGGAAAGUCAAGUCAUAUGAUUUAGACGCCAAGUCUUUAUCAUCUGGCGACUUCUUGAAAGGAAACCCCCUAGAGGAGUUUGCGUUCGGGCCCUUAACUGAAGCAAGACUUUGGGGAGGCGAAAAAGCUGCGAUGAAGUUAGAUCGAGGUCCAUGGAGCACUCCAUUGUCCUACUUAGCAGCGAUAGGGAUUAACGAGAUACUGUGGACAGAGUCGUACGCGAAACCGCGCAUAAAUCCUUACCGAUCGCUUGAGAGGCUCGAAACUCCUGUUGAGUACAUCUCACUGUUGGAGCGAUAUCUUAAGCUUGUUCCCCUUUUGUCACCGGGCCCCGUCCCAACGUCACUUUCCCAUCCGGACCUUCAUCUCGACAAUGUGUUUGUCAACCCAGACACGAAGCAAAUAACUUGCAUCAUCGAUUGGCAGUCAGUCUCGGUGUCUGAGCCAUUCUUCCAAGAGAAAGUACCGCGUUUACUUCUUCCGGUUCAAUCUAACGUCCCUGACAAACCAGUAAAAGCCACACGAGAAGGGUCUAGAGCAACCGACUCUGCAAACAGGACUGCACUUCUCCUCAGCCACUACCAAGAACUUACGCGGGUUGACAACAAGCAACGAUGCGCCUCAAUGGCUUUGCAAAAUCGCUCUUACCUAACCAAGCCCAGCUCAAUUCUCUGUGGCGCCUGGGACAGGAACGAUGUGAUAUCUUUCCGCCACGCCUUAAUACACAUAGCUGCUCAAUGUAAAGACAUUGCGCCAGCGGAUGUAUCUUGUCCCAUCCAGUUCACGGAGGAGGAGCUACAGCUUCACCACGAUGAAAUGGAGCUUGUAGAAGGUCUCGGAGAAGUUCUGCACCAGCUUCAAGACGAUAACCUGAUCCCACUAGGCGGCAUGGUACUUCGCGAAUAUUACGAGCAGGCUUUGCACAUCAAUAAUUCCGUCAAGGAGAUGUUUCUAGACAUGGCUGAUUCUGAGUCGCAGAGGAAUUUAUACUCACGAAUAUGGCCAUACCAAGACUAG